ACGUAUAAACUUACUUAAUUAUAAAUCUCGUUAUGUGAUGUUAAAUUUGAUAAAGUUUGUAAUAAUUAGAAGGGAGGUCACCGUGGCUGUAUAACCUACAUCACGUAUUGGUUUAAAUUAUAAUUAUUCACACUUAACCAUCCUAAACCUAUAAUGGUAUCAGCCCGUUUCUCAUUCGGUUGAUGCUGUGGGCGCUAGUCAAUCGAACUAUUUGAACUGCUAUUUUUAAUUUAAUUUAGCGCCACUGCUUAUUUAUAGUACAGUAUUGCAAUAUUAAUAGUUAUUACCGCAACAUUUAGUACACUUGUUUGCGCACAAUAAUAUUGUAUAAUUAGGUACUAUGUGCUGUUUUAUUAAUUGUAUUGCGUACAGUCAUAGCACGGAAUAUACAAACAGAGUAUGAUAGGAUUAAUAAUUUGCAUUAUUCGCGCAGCUGAUUGACGUAACAAAAGUAAACAUGUAGGUAUAGGUUGCUAUAGGUAAUAGAUGUAUUAUAAUAGGUAUCGGAUUAUUUGUUUUCAUCGUUGUAAUUGACUCGAAAUAAUAGUAUCGUUGAUGUCCCUAACGUCGGCUAAAUAUUUUUCAUUCCAAAAUCUGGUGACGGCGUUUGAUAAAAUCAGACAGAGUAUAUACAAACACGUACGACCAAGACUCGAAAACGAAAAGUCUUAAAAUUCGAAAACGUGGUUGCGCCUACAAAUGAAUCCAAAAUAAAUAUUUAAAAUGACCGAAAUCGGCGGAAUCUAUGUCCGUGUUUUCGUCGUCAUGUUAAUUUUUGUCGGCGACGGUGAUCGAUGAUAGCUGCAACGCAUAGCUAUGACAUCGUUUGUUUAUACCAUUAUUAAUAAUUAUCACCGUUAAUUCUUCUAUUAUUAUUCCAAUUCCUUCUUUCUUUGUGCGUAAAUUUAAUAUUUUUUUAAUGGUCGUCUUACGAAAAGCUCAACAAUGUUCUCUUUUCGAUUAACGUUUUUCGUUCACUGCUACUACUUCAAUGCUUGUUUGUUCUACCAUCUGUUCGUACCGCCUGUUCGGUCGUCCGACGGCCCGAGGAAGAAAACGAAUGAAAAAAUGGUCGGCGGCGCUGUGACCCGGCACUUGGACGAAUUUAAAAUUAAUUGCUUGCAUCAAUUCACUAAGAAAGAGCUCAACGAGCACGCUGUGGCUCAAUGGAAUUAUCAAGUGAACAAAACCGAAGUGACGGAGCACGAGGCCAUGAGAUCCACCGUUCGAUUGUUUAUAUAUCAAAAACUUCUUGUGACGUCAGCUGAAAAUAUGUCCGUAGCUUUUGGCGUGAACUACGAAGACAUAUUGCCUUUGGUGUAUUUUGUGCAUGACCGCGGCAUUUGUCAGCUGAACACGGACGAGUAUAAGACAACCUUAAUGUUGAAGAGGAAACUAAAAAAAACGAUUAACGAACUAAAAGUUUGCGAAUACCGGAAGACCAAUCAUCCGUGUGACAUCACAGCGGACGAAAUAAAUGUCAUUAUGGUUAACUCGUCAGACGCAGCAGAGUUAAAAUACUAUUGGAAAGCUUGGCACAAUCACACCAGCUACGAUGUGAAAAAUAUCUACAUGAAUUAUAUUGAAAUGUUGAACUAUAUGGCCCAGCUAAAUGGUUUUUCGAACGAAGUCGAUUAUUACAUGGAACCGUACUCAUAUAUCCAAGGUCAAUUGAACACCGAUCAGAUGUACGAAGGCAUAAGACCGCUGUACUUGCAUCUUUACACGCACGUUCGUAAAAUUCUAAGGGAAAAAUUUGGAACAGCUACCGUGCCCGCCAAUGGUCCCAUUCCCGUCCAUUUAUUGGGUUCAGUAUUGGGUCAACCAUGGACAAAGUUGAUACCAUUCAUGAUUCAGGAAUUCGUUGUACACGAAAAUGGCAAAACAAUUAUGACUCCAAAGCGACUGUUUGAUCAAGCUAAUAGAUUCUUUGUAUCGAUUGGCAUGGGCCAUGUGCCGAAAACUGUCUGGGCCCAUUCGGUAUUGACAGAUAAUAAACAUUUUUCAAAUCGUGAACCUUCAUCUUGGGAUAUGUACGCAAAUAACGAUUUCAGGAUAAAAAUGGAUUUCAAGAACACAGUCGAAGACGUAUAUACGAUGCACAAGCAACUGGGUUUCGUUCAUUAUUUCGCGGCCUACAAAAAACAGCCAAUCGCAUUUCAGCAUACAUCUGACCCAGCGUUCGUGUACGGCGUGAUAAAUGCUCUGACGUUGUCGGUGCGAUAUCAAGACUUCAUCGACAGGUACAACGACAGCGCGAACAGUCGGAGCGUCUAUCUGUUGCGGUUGGCCAUGGAAAAGGUCGCCGUCCUGCCUUUCGCCUACGCCACCGACGUCUGGCAGUCGGACGCUUGCUCGAGCUCUUUCGCGCCGAAACGCAUGAACGAUCACUGGUGGAGCAAAAGGCUCAAAUACGAAGGCGUUGUAUCGCCUAUUUCCAAAGACAUGGACAAGUGUACGAAUCCCAAUUACAAACCGUUUGAUCCGAGUGCGGCGUACGCUGAGGUGAUUGAGCUACCGCACAUCAAGGACUUUCUGGGGCCGAUAAUAGAAUUCCAAGUAUUCAAGGCGUUGUGUACGAUUUGCGGAGAGUACAAAUCUAAACACUCAAAAACCAAACACUUGUACGAAUGCAACCUGCGUGGCUAUAAGAAAGUUGGAAGAAUUAUCAAAUCAGUCAUGGCGAGUGGCUCUUCAACGAAAUGGCAAUAUCUAUUUGAGACAAUAGUUGGACACCAACGAAUAGAAAUAGAACCAUUGUUGGAAUAUUUUCGACCCCUUCACAAUCAUCUAUUAAAAAUCAAUCAGGAGACCAAUGAACACAUUGGAUGGAAGUAGUUUUCGCAAAAAAAAAAAAAAAUGAAAUAAUGAAAUAUGUUUUAGAAAGGGCCGAGAUACAUCGCAGCGAAAAAUAAAAAAAUGAAAAAGUGACAAAGUGGUUUGCAUACAAUACAAUAUAUUUUCUGUACCUCUCUGUCAGACGAAUAACUGCUUACUCUACUAUUUCGGUGGUAUUCAUACGGCGGUGUUUCACAGAUUAUAAUAACAGUGUUGACAUUAACUACAAUAACUUUAUGUACUUGGAAUACAAAUGACAAAAGUCACAUAGCAAUGUGAUUGUAUUAAUAUGCUUUUCCUGUACAAAUUUGCGCAUUAUUGUAAUAAUUUCUCUAAUUCAUAUGAUUCCGGUAAAAAUGUAGCUACUUAUAAUAUGAUAUUUUAAAUUAUUUAUAAAUAUCAAAACAAUGGUCCCAUACAUUAUUUACAC